AUGGCGGUCAAUUUCGCUGCAGGAUGGGCUCGCUUCAUUCCGAUGAUCGGGUACCACCACGUGUUGAUGGUUAUCAUUGCCGUGGCUAUCAUUCUACUAUCUCUCCUCUUGGCUGGAUGUUCAUCAUCGUCGCCACAAAUCCCUGACAUCUUCUUAAUAUCGCUUUACUAUGAAAGCUACAAGCCGACCUUCGAUUUUGCUCAGGUGGAUCCUGGUGUCGUCACACCCAUUGCCAAUAUCGUACAUGGCGCCGAACUGGAAGUUCGAGUUGGAUACUUCGGUAUCUGUGCUCAGCCUGACCAUGGUGCCUUCAUUUGCAACGCCAAUGCUACAGCUCUGGCGGAAGUCGUCAAUGUUGAUCAAGAUCCCCUCAACUUGAUCUGGGUCGCCUCGACUUUCAAAGACGCAGUUGUUUUCCCGUACCUCUUAAUUGUUGCGGUCGUCCUUGCCUUCUUCUGCUUCAUCCUUCUCGCCACCUUUCCCGGUUGGCAUGAAGAGCGCGAUGAGUCAGGAUCCGACGUCGAAGUGAAACCCUUUCCUUCACGGCCUGUCUCUCAAGCAGCCCUGGCACUCAUCUUCGUGUCAUCCGUGUUUGUCCUCGUAUCUGUGUUAUGGCAACAUACAGCAUCCGUUGCCGCUAGUACCAUCGCCCAGGAUAUGGGGAACGGCAGCGUCAAGAGCGGCGUCGGAACCUCGGCCAUGGUGCUGGGUUGGUUCGGAUUCGUUUUAUUGGUUGUCGUGACAAUCGGUCUUCUUGUCAUGAUACUCAGUAUCAGCUUGAUUCGCAAGUUGACGGACGACGAAUGA